CAGCAGCUUUCGACGAACACUGUUGAUACAUAAAGGUUGGAGAAAUCCCUAAAUACUUAUCCCACUCACUCUCGUUGCCUCGAAACUGUAUGAUAGUAGUUCACCGGCUUGAAACAUUGACCAUUCGAAUGAGUCAGUGAGAAAGCAGGCGAAAUCAUCACCGCCAACAUUGUCAACUGCCCUUUGCACUUUCUCAUUAGCGAAUAGCCAUUGUGAAGAAGACCUGAAAUCGACGAAGGAUUUCCGAGAUUCUUAUCUCGGAGCAUCCAGAGAGCAAUCGAGGCAUCAGCGUGACGGUUCUGUCGGGCGUGAGUCGACAUGACGCACACUAUAUCAGAGAUAACAGAUUUACGCAUCUAUCCCAUCAAAUCGUGUCGAGGGAUAUCUGUCAAAUCAGCCAAGUUGACAAGACAAGGACUCGAGUUUGACAGGAGAUGGAUGUUUGUUGACAGCAAGCACGAAUUCCUCACCAUCCGGCAGAAACCCCAGAUGACGUUGAUCAACACAGCCAUCGACCACGAUUCUGACAAUCUUGUCAUCACCAUUGGCGAUGAAGCUGACAAGCAAGUGAAAGUACCUCUUCGCCCGCAGCAGGCAUGGCUAGAUGCAAACACCAAAGAAGUCACUGUUGACAUCUGGGAACAUCUCACCGACGGGUAUGCAUACACGGAUCCGAAGAUCAGGCAACUAUUUGCCGACUUCUUCGGCGAAGAAGCGAGUUUGGUAAUGAAAGGUCCCGAGCCGCGAAUUUGCAGCGGGAACGGAAAUCCGAAGAUUCUUGGCCGGCAAGAGACCGUCAAUUUUCCUGAUGUCCUUCCCGUUCAGAUUGCAUCCGAGUCUUCGCUUGCGGAAUUGAAUGCGAGACUGAAAGAAAAGGGCGAAACGGAAAUCACAAUCGAACGCUUCCGACCCAACAUUAUCAUCAAAGGUGGUGAACCGUGGUCCGAAGAUUCGUGGAAGACAGUACGCAUCAAUGGAGAUUCAUCAUUGCUCACCACCCUCACUGGCGGUAACAGAGAUGCGAUGGACAUUGAUGUCGUGGCGCGGUGUGCUCGCUGCACAGUGCCGAAUGUGAACCCUGAUACAGCCGAGAAGCAUCCACAUCAGCCGUGGGAUCUGCUUGUCAGCUACCGAAGGGUUGAUGAAGGUAUUAAGUUCAAGCCUUGCUUCGGGAUGCUUUGUUGUCCCAGGAACGAAGGCAUUGUCCGCGUCGGAAUGCGCUUUGAGGUUAUGGCCGAGACUCAUGACCACAAGUACAUCAAAGGAUUUUAAGGGUGGGGCAGAAACGAAGUCGUUACUCUGUGAGAUGUGAAGUCUCUUUAGCUGUGAUAUAGGAGUGCCGUCAGGCAUCGAACAUAGCCUUGCAGUGCCUGUCACCAGCGGAACAAGCAUAUGUUACCGAUUGAGGUUCGGGACGGGAAAGGGGGAAUGUGGCAUUGUCUGACUGGAGCUUUUCCAGACUCUUCUUCCUGUUGGAGGUGAUGGCCUCUAGAGCGUAAUGAGUUAGUUUACCAUGGUACCAGAC